AUGUAUCUGUUUAUUUGCUUCUACCUCCUAAUGAGUUUUUUUGAAGAAAUUCAUGGCUUUUGUCCUUCACAAUGCACUUGCGUUUACCAUGGCAGAAGUGAUGGCACUGGAACAAGGUCUGUACUCUGUAAUGACCCUGACAUGUAUGAGAUCCCUGUGAAUGUUCCUGUGGAUACUGUAAAGCUUCGUAUCGAAAAAACUGUCAUACGAAGGAUUCCGACUGAAGCCUUUUACUACCUGGUAGAUCUCAAGUACCUGUGGGUCACUUACAACUGUGUAGCCAACAUUGAUAUCAGCAGCUUCUAUAACUUGAAACAGCUGCAUGAGCUGAGGCUGGAUGGUAAUCUGCUCUCAACUUUCCCUUGGGAAUCCCUGGCCGAGAUGCCCAACUUACGGACUCUUGAUCUCCACAACAACAAGCUGACCAGCAUUCCCGCUGAUGCUGGCCGCUUCCUGAGAAACCUCACCUACCUGGACUUAUCCAGCAACAAGCUGACCACCUUGCCAUCAGACCUCAUGGACAUUUGGCCCCCCUUCUCAGGAGCUAUUGUAUCCAAGAACACAGACAUUCUGGUGACACAGAGAGUAAUCUUGGGUUUUCAGGACAACCCAUGGUUUUGUGACUGCCGCAUUUCAAAGCUAAUUGAAUUUUCCAAAAUUGUGGACACCUCCGUUGUACUUCUUGAUCCAUUGGUUUCGUGUAGUGGACCUGAGAGCCUGGCAGGAAUCUUGUUCCAGAGAGCUGAGUUAGAGCAGUGUCUUAAACCAUCGGUGAUGACCUCAGCAACAAAAAUCACCUCCCCGUUGGGCAGCAACGUCCUGCUACGCUGUGACGCCACGGGGUACCCAACACCACAGCUCACUUGGAGUAGGUCAGACAAUAUUCCAGUCAACUACACAGUAAUUCAAGAAACUCCUGGAGAGGGUGUCAGGUGGUCCAUAAUGAGCUUGACAGGAAUUUCAUACAAGGACGCAGGAGAAUACAGAUGUAAAGCCAAGAACUUGGCAGGAAUGUCAGAAGCUGCUGUGACUGUCACAGUGGUUGGUGUAGUUACUACAACUGUGUCACCACAGAAGUUUGGGAGGAAGCCAGAGGCUGAGAGGCAGAAUACAACUCAGGAGGAAUCCAAGCAGGAACCCGAGAGGACAACCACACCUCUUCCCAUCACAUCGACCACCACAGCUCUGGUGAGCACUGAAAGAUCAACCAGCAUGACUUUUACUGACAGGAAGCAAUCCAGGCUCAUGCUAGAUGGAAAGAAAGUUUCAAAGGCAGUGACAAAUGGAAACAGAAAGCAGAUUGGAGAGUUAAGCAAGAAAGGUGAGGAUACUCUAUUGAGUGCAGCAGGUAUGGCUGAGCAAAAUGUUACUGUGAAGAACCUAAGGGUGAUCAGUGAAUCUGAUGAAAGAGUGACCUUAACUUGGAAAACUGUCAAUGCCACAGGCAAUUCUGCUGUGACUGUGUUAUACUCCAAGUAUGGUGAGAAAGAUAUGUUGCCUCUCAGCACAGAUUCUAACAAAAACAAAGUCACAAUCGAUGGUUUGCAACCUAGUACUCAAUAUAUGGCAUGUGUGUCACCCAAAGGCGUGCCACCUACAAAAGAGCAGUGUGUUGUUUUCUCCACUGAUGGGUUAAAUGAAGAAAGCAGCUCUGAGUUUUCCAUUCUGAUAGUGGGCAGCAGUGCAGCAUGUGUGGUUGUUUUACCUUUGAUAUUUUUCUUACUCUACAAAGUUUUGAAACUUCAUUUGAAACCAAAAUCUGCAAAGGAAGCUGAACUUGCAAAAGAGACUUAUGUGCAGUUUGAAACACUGUCGCUGAAGCCUCGAACACUGGGUGCAGGAGACCAGCUCUGGGCACGGAGGUACACGGAUGAGUCAGAAAGACUUCUCCUUUGCUCUAGGUCAAGCAUGGAUUCUCAAAUGACCUUCAAAAGUGAGGGCUCCAGGUCUGAGUAUCUGUGCUGA